AUGGGCGCUCUUCUAUCUCUGCCACUUUUGGCUAUACCAAGUGCAGGCACACUUAUAACCCUUGCAACUUCAUGUUGCGGCGCAGCAACUUGCUCGGCAGUAUGCAGUGCAUGUGGGAAAUUUCAAAACAGUAUGGCUACGAGAAUCGCCUACGCCUUCAUUCUCUUGCUCAAUUCAAUUGUCUCCUGGAUAAUGCUCACGCCAUGGGCCCUUAAAAAGCUACAACAUCUCACUCUCGACUAUAUGACAAUCCGAUGCGGUGACAAAGAAUGCCAUGGUUGGGUGGCGGUUCACCGGAUCAACUUCGGCCUCGGUCUCUUUCAUUUGAUCCUUGCGGUAUUCCUGCUGGGGGUGAGGUCAUCGAAAGAUGGUCGUGCAGUCCUUCAAAAUGGGUUCUGGGGUCCCAAGGUCGUUCUAUGGCUUGCCUUGGUGGUCGUGUCCUUCUUCAUCCCACAAACGUUCUUUAUCGUCUAUGGCAAUUACAUUGCCUUUUUCUGCGCCAUGCUCUUCCUAUUGCUGGGACUUAUUCUUCUAGUCGAUCUGGCACACUCUUGGGCCGAGGUCUGUCUGCAGAAGAUUGAGGAUAGCGACUCUCGACUCUGGCGCGGGCUGCUCAUUGGCUCAACUAUUGGCAUGUACAUUGCAUCAAUUGCAAUGACUGUCUUGAUGUAUGUUUUCUUCGCUGACAGUGGAUGUGCCAUGAAUCAAGCCGCAAUUACGGUUAAUCUCGUUGUUUUCUUGAUCAUUUCCUUCGUGUCCAUUCAACCUAUCGUACAAGAAUCCAACCCGCGGGCAGGGUUGGCGCAAGCAGCCAUGGUGACCGUUUAUUGCACGUACUUGACUAUGUCGGCCGUUUCAAUGGAACCAGAUGACCGCAAGUGCAAUCCACUAGUGCGCGCUCGCGGGACAAGAACGGCCAGUAUUGUCGUGGGCGCCCUUCUUACAAUGGCAACCAUCGCAUAUACGACAACACGUGCAGCCACUCAAGGACUCGCGCUGGGGUCCAAGGGCAGCCACAACUAUUCGCCGCUAGGGACGGAUGACAAUGAGCAUGGUCUUGUGACCCAACAACCGACCACCCGUCGCGAGAUGCGUGCCGAGGCUAUUCGUGCCGCCGUGGCCAGUGGUAGUUUACCUGCCAGUGCGCUCGACGAAAGCGACGAUGAAUCAGAUGACUACGAUACGAAAGACGAUGAGCGAGGGUCAACGCAGUAUAACUACUCGCUGUUCCAUGUAAUUUUCUUCCUGGCUACUACAUGGGUGGCGACUCUGCUCACCGCGAACUUGGAAACUGAGGGCGAUGCUACCGCUACCGAUGGCUUUGCUCCUGUCGGACGUUCUUACUGGGCUAGUUGGGUUCAUCAAAUCCAAUCUGGUCAAGUCAUUGUUGACCUCUGCUCAGUUGCGAAGGAGUUGGUCGAAAACAGUCUCGAUGCUAGUGCUACUUCGAUUGAGGUCCGAUUCAAGAAUAAUGGCCUGGAUCUGAUUGAGGUGCAAGACAACGGCAGUGGAAUAUCUCCGGAGAACUACGAAAACCUCGCACUCAAGCAUUAUACAUCGAAGCUCUCUUCCUACGAGGACCUAUCCCGGCUACAGACCUUCGGUUUCCGCGGUGAAGCGCUAUCGUCCCUAUGCGCCCUGUCCGAUUUCCAUGUUGUCACCGCCCAAGCCAACCAAGCUCCCAAAGCGAUCCGUCUUGAUUUCGAAGCUUCCGGGAAGUUGAAGAAGACGCAGAUCGUCGCAGGUCAGAAGGGCACGACGGUAUCAGUAGAGGGACUGUUCAAGAGACUACCCGUACGGCGCCGCGAGCUAGAAAAGAAUAUCAAACGGGAAUAUGGGAAGGUCUUGAAUCUCCUUCAUGCGUAUGCCUGCAUCAGCACAGGCGUACGCUUCAGCGUCAAGAACACCGUGGCAAAGACGCGGAAUGUCGUGGUCUUCUCGACGAAUGGAAACCAGACAACCAAGGAGAACAUUGCCAACGUUUACGGCGCAAAGACCUUACUGGCCCUGAUUCCCCUUGAGCUGAACCUGGAAUUUGAGCCCUCCGUAGCUGGAAGGCGAGCAUCUACAGAAGACGAGCGAGAAUCGAAUAAACUUUGCGUUCGGGGACAUGUCUCUAAACCUGUCUUUGGGGAAGGCAGGCAAACACCUGACCGUCAGAUGUUUUUCGUGAAUUCUCGUCCUUGUGGGUUGCCUCAGAUAGCCAAGGCGUUCAACGAGGUCUACAAAUCUUUUAAUGUGUCUCAGUCACCGUUUGUGUUUGCCGACUUUCAUAUGGAUACGAAUGCGUACGAUGUCAACGUUUCUCCCGACAAGCGUACAAUUCUACUACACGAUGCUGGUGCUUUAAUCGAAUCUCUGAAAACCUCGCUUAUGCAGUUGUUUGAAUCAUCGGAUCAGACCGUUCCCCAAUCUCAGGUCAGCAAUAUCAAGCAGUCAACUAGCAAACCGCAGUCCGCAAAAUUACCAAGCAUUCUAUCCCGCAUGUCUUCAUCUGGAGGUGCAGAUGUGGCGGCCGAUGAGGAAUCAGAGCCAGAUGAAAAACAAGUGGAUGAUGAGAGCCGACUCAUCUCCCAGAAUAGGAUGAGGAGCCUUUUGAGUGGUCUUGGAUCGUCUCCUGGAGGCGGAGCGGGCAUAUCCUCAUCUUCUUGCCGGGGUAGAGAACCUGCACGUGAACCGACUUCCUUACCUCCACAUCCAUCCAUCAUGUCGAGACCCGAACCAGUCGAAGAGGAUGAUCAGCUCUUCGUUUCGGAUAAUAGCGUCCCGACGCGGGCACCAUCCCAAGGUGCAGAUGAGGGCGUACCUUCAGGGCGCCCCGUUGAUGGCGAUUCGCACAUUCGCGACAACAACAAUACUUCGCAGAGUAGUGCUCCCCCGCAUUCACAGCAGCCAAUCACAGGGCGACGACAGUCACCCAUGGAGACCCCUAACACUAUACAAAAUGCAUUCGACCGAAUGAGGCCGAGGCGAGCUCCAGCUGAGAUAGCAACAAUCACCAUCGGAAACAGGACUGUGACAUCCAUGGUAGGCAGUGGUGCAUACAAGAAACGUGACAUUGGACUUGUCGAUACUACUAGCCCCUCAACUCGGAAAAGACGUAUACACACCCCGUCUCGCCCUAAUAUAUUUGGGCAACAUAUGAGAGAUUUUGCAGCGCCCGGUUCCCGGGUAGAGCACAAUGCUAGCAGUGAGGCUGACGAGAUGGAGGAAGAGGAUGAGACGAUGGAUGAGGAAGAAGAAAUCGAUUAUGACGAGUCUGUUACCGGAUCUCAAGCUUACAAUCCUUCAGACCAAGAUAGCAUUCAUUCACACGACGAAGAUCUACCUGAUGAUGGCGUUAAAGACGGACCUGCAAUGACACAGCGAAUAGUCGCGCCAGCGGAAAACACGCUAAACGAUGAAGAGAAAAAGAAACACGAAGAAGCCGAAGUCCAGCGGCUGAUUCGAGAGGCAGAAGAAAAAGCUGUCUUGCCACAGGAAAGCAAUGUCAACCGUGCGAACAAGCUGAACAAGGGUCCUACCCAUCGUGAUUCUACAGUCCACCUAGUGAGCACCAUCGACGGAUCACUUCAGAAGAUUCAGCACCAAAUGGACAAACUUCAGGAGAGCCUUCGCUUACACAGCUCGGGUGUUGCACAUUCUCAGAAUGAUGCUGAGGCUGGAGAUACACAGGAGACUGUCGAGGAGCGUUUGUCACUGACUGUCUCCAAAGAUGAUUUUGAUAAGAUGCGGAUUGCUGGCCAGUUUAACCUGGGAUUCAUCAUAGCCACUCGAUCCUCAGCCGGUGUCUCUGACGACGCUUCAUCUCAUUCGAAGGAUGAACUUUUCAUUAUCGAUCAGCACGCUUCAGACGAGAAAUUCAACUUCGAACGACUCCAGGCAGAAACUGUGGUGCAAAACCAACGGCUUGUGCAGCCAAAGCAAUUGGAUCUAACAGCGAUCGAAGAGGAGAUUGUGAUUGAGAAUCAGACUGCGCUGGAAAAGAAUGGCUUCAUCGUGGAGAUUGACGAUAGCGGGAACGAACCGAUCGGCCGCAGGUGCAAAUUGGUCUCAUUACCACUGAGCAAGGAAAUUGUCUUCGGCGUACGGGAUUUGGAGGAACUCAUCGUCUUGCUUUCUGAAAUGCCGGCUAACAGUGCAACUGAGAACAUGUACGUUCCACGGCCGAGUAAGGUGCGAAAAAUGUUCGCUAUGCGGGCGUGUCGGUCCAGUAUCAUGAUUGGAAAGAAUUUGUCUCAGAAGCAAAUGACAAAGGUGGUGCGAAACAUGGGCACAAUCGACAAACCAUGGAAUUGCCCACAUGGUCGACCGACCAUGCGACAUUUGAUGAGUUUGGGACAAUGGAACGAGUAUAACGAGUUCGACGGCGAUGAAGAGAGUGAGUCGGAGGAUCGUCGGUCUUGGACUGAUACAUUGGAUGUCUGGAGGGAUUACUUGAAGGAAAUGGGCGACGGGGAAGAUGAGGAUGAGGAUAAUGUGGAAUAG